AUUCACUCCAUUGUUUCCCUCACCACAACCCCAGCCGAAAAUAUAAACUCUCUUGCAUUAACAAAACAAGUUUUCAAGUAUCUUCAAAAUCAAUGGCUUCCAAAGCUACCCUUCUCCUUCUUCUCAACCUACUCUUCUUCACAUUAGUCACUUCCAAUUCUGUCCCAUGCCCUCCAACACCACCAACAACACCAACACCAACACCAACACCAACGACACCCACCACCCCCACCCCCAGCCACGGCCACGGUCAGAAGCACCACCCAUCGAAGGGCAAGUGCCCUAAAGACACUCUAAAACUGGGAGUCUGCGCAGAUUUGCUUAAUGAUUUGGUGCACCUGGUUGUGGGUACCCCACCAAAAACUCCCUGCUGCACACUCAUUAAAGGGCUUGCUGACCUUGAGGCUGCUGUUUGCCUUUGCACUGCCAUUAAAGCAAAUGUUUUGGGCAUUAACCUAAAUGUCCCAGUUUCCCUCAGUUUGUUGCUUAACUACUGUGGAAAUAAGGUUCCAACUGGUUUCCAGUGCCCAUAAACAAUCUCCCUAUUCCGUAAGUUGAAUUAGACGGCACUGCGAAGUACUAAGAAGAAUCAGAAGAUAAAAUCUUGUCCAUUGUGGUAAUAUUCAAUUCAGUCUAAUACGGCAUACUGAAUGUACAAUUAUUCACCCUACAUUUCCAGAUUCUUUAGGCUUAAGUUUCUGUUCUUUUUGUGUUCUCUGUGUGCUUAUAUAGUUCUGAGAUUUCUCAAGCUUUCUUUUGUAUUCUGGUUGAUGGCCGUCAGUUCAUAAUUGUUUCUACAUUUAAAGAUUACGAGCAGAAGGUUCCUCGCCUCCUGUGGUUGUAUCGUCAGUUGAUGACAUUGUUAUUAGCAAUAAAAUGGAAUGUUUCAGAAAGA